AUGUCAUUCCUAGAAACAUUACCGCCUGAUCUUAAAGAAAAGAUUGUCAGCGUUAUCAGAAGCAACCCAGAAUCAAUUGAUGCGUUCAACUCUCUAUAUUUCCACGCCGUCCAAGCCCAAGCGGCAAUUGCCAAUGACGGUACCAAUAAAAGAAGAAAACUAGCGGGUGGCGAAUCAGAUCCUGUGACGAUCGACAAGCAAUCGACAAUCCUCUUAUUACCAAAACUUUCUUUCCAAUCGCCCAUCAGAAAGAAAUUGAACCUCGUGUUUUCCCUAAACAAAUCAACCCAAAAACCAGUGUUGGCAAUAAUCAAAGAUGAAGGGUAUGAAACCCCAGAACUAGUGUUGACCAAUCUAACCACUACCAAUAUCAGAUUUUCUGCGUUUUUACCAGUGCCUGAAAAGCCAAAGUUACAAUGUUUGGUAUUGUUUUACGAAGAAAACUUGGGUAGCAAAUAUAACAAUGAUCCCUUGAUUCUCAACUUUAACCACGAGGCUUUAGUCAAAGACUUGAUGACCAGCAAGGUUCUUAGUGCUAGUGAUAAGAAUUACAAGAACAGAAUAAUAAGGCAAGCCAGCAUUUGCGGGUUCAAAAUCGAUGAUCCAUUUAUUAAUCAUGAUUCUUUUUUCGUCGAUGCUCAUAAAGGUACAAAAGAGGGCACGCUAUAUUUCUUACCUACGAACAUUAUAUUUGGGUUCAAGAAACCGAUUUUAUUGUUUGAUUCCAAAGACAUCAAGUCGAUCACUUACUCGUCGAUCACCAGAAUCACAUUUAAUAUUACAUUAUUGGUCAGCAAACACAAUAGUGAAACUGGCGAAGUGGCAGAAGAGAGAAUCGAGUUCAGUAUGAUUGAUCAAGCUGAGUUCAGUAAGAUUGAUGGUUAUAUCAAGGCUAAGGAGGUGGUUGAUAAUUCUAUGGCCGAGGAAUUGAAGGCUAAACCAGUGUUAGUAUCGAAGAACAGGGAAUUAGAAAAUCCUCUUAAACAGGAUGUGGUUGGUAUUCUACAAGAAGAACCAGCCAAUGAUAGUGAUGAUGAAGAUGAGGAUGGGACCUAUCAAAUUGGUGAAGAGGAAGAUGAAGAUGAUUCUGAUGAAAGUUACGGCAGUGAUGACGGAGGCGAGGAUGAUGGUGAUGAUAGUGAUAGUGAUAGUGAAGAAGAAGAAGAAGAAGAAGAGGAAAAUCAACACAAUGAGUAG